CUUCGUAAACUGAAGUUUAGAUUUAACUUCCUGUUUGCAUGGUCGGUUAGAAUCCUCAUAAGAAAACACGGAUAGAAUUUGAAUACUUCUAAAUGGGAACCGGGGUUUUCACGUACUCAGUCUACCUGUUUGUGAUUCUGGAAAUUAUAUCCACAGAUGCUUGUAGCCCACGGCAAUCUGAUUCAUCAUUCCUGACCAAAGAGGUUGGUUCUAGCCAUCAGUUUUUUUGCUCGUAUUCGUCAUGCAGCGAAAACCAAAUACUUUCCUGGAGAGUGGACGGCGUAGCCCCAAGCUCUAACCUUGUCACUACGAGUUACAGUACAGGUCUCUCCUCCAGUAAUUCAACCAUAUACAACGGAACCAGCAGCUUUACAUACACUCCUACAAGGCCGACCAGUUCCAGUAAGAACACUGUCACGGUCACCUGUCAAGCAGGGUCAAGGACAGCGUCCGUCAACGUAACCAUAAACUAUGGACCCGACAACCCUGUUUUAAACACAACUGGUACGCUAAACGUUACCGAGUACAAUUCGACGCCCCACAUUACAUGCCAAUCCAGCUGUAACCCUCAAUGUGAUUACAAGUUUUCCAAAAAUUUCCAAAGAUCAAUCAGAUCGUCCGGAAGCUUUGGUAUUUUUUACGAAAGCUCUGUAAGAAGAAAUGAUGACGGGAUUUACAGAUGCAUCGCUACCAACAAGGUUGGUAACAGAACUUCCAGCGGGAGCUUCCGUCUCAACGUCCUAUAUCCACCAGCUUUCAUAUUGACCCGCUCGCCGUCCAGUGGGCAAGUUGAGGAGGGAACGUCCGUCAGUUUCUCUUUUCGCGCAACAGAACCUGGUAAUCCCUCCACCUAUACCUUCAGAGAAUGUGAUCACUCUGUAGACGGAACGUCUCUUAGAAAUAUCCCCUACAGCGAAGUACCAUCUAGGAUCAGCUUCACUAUUCAAAACGUAUCGAUAACAGACCGAGGAAGAUACACCUGUAGAGUGACAAAUAACAUAACAAAUCAAAAUGGUGGUUCGAUCGUCGAAGACUCGAUCUCAUUAGAAGUAAAAACUCCUCCUUUGAUUUUAAUGAAAACGAAAACUGUGCGUAGAUCUGGCAACAAUUUCAGCUUGAGUGUUGAUUUUAUAAGUUUAACAUAUGUCCCAGAGGUUCACUGGUUCAGGGUCAUGGAAGGACAAACGGGGGAAACCGCUGUUAACAACGAAAUAAAUAGAAUCUCUUAUGCGAUCGUUAAAAAUAAUAUUACAUUCAGCAUUCCAAGCUACAUAACCAAACUAAAUACACGUUAUCCAGGUCGAUAUAUUUCAUAUAUCAAGAAUUAUAUGGGUGCAGAGAUCGUGGAAUAUGUUGCUGGUUCCAAUGGCUCAAGUGAUGACCAAACAGAGACAUCAACAGCUCUGGUAGUAGUGGGCUCUUUGUUUCUGGUACUAGGUAUUAUUUGUCUGGGCGUGGCAGUCUUUCUGUACUAUAAUCUGAAGAAGACCAGGGAAAAGGUAUAUAAGGAAAGACACGCCUCGUUGUUUAUUCUACCACCUGCGAGUGCGUUGAAUCCAUCCAGAAACGAAAACGUCGAAGGGGAGGUAAAUCCUAUGGAUGUGGAACUCACCAUACAGAGAGAUGAAGAUUCAUCGCCAGGUAUUGUUGCUCCUAGUCUCCCUACCCCAUCGGUCGAUAAAAAAUGCAAAGAAAGGAAACAAAAUGACGAGGGAGCGUUGUAUGAAAACACUGAAAUGAAGACGUCGUCGGACAACAAAUACGUCACCCUUACGACCGAUCAGCCCCCAGUGCCGCUCUACGAGACACCCCUCACUCUAACAGACGAAUUCAAACUCAAAUUUAACAAAAAAGAUAAACAUCCGUAUGCAAACGAAAAACCAAAAAAGCAAAAGAAACCGGACACGAAGGUCAAAAGCUAUGCAAAUAUUAAUUUUAGGAAAGGAAAAGCAAAGACGUAUGAAAACCACGAGCCAGGAUCCUAGCAACAUGCAUAUGAUUUAAAUGAUAUUUAAGUCAGUGGACUUUAGCCAGUAAUAUCGCGUACGACCUACAAAUGAAACAGGAUGGUAACAAUACUGGUACAUACCUUAUAAGAACAUUCUCAAAAGUCGUGUGCAACAUAGUUAAGUUCUGAUAUUGGUUGCCAUAGUGAAUUUUUAGAAGGAGAUACAUUUUAUCAAUUACCACUGCCAAUAAAAUGCUUUCUUUUCAUGCAGGAUAUAAAGGUGGCGACAUUGCAGAAAAAAUACAUAACCCGCGUUUUGUUUGCAAUGAUUGCUACUUUCAUAAUACGCAUGAAUAAUCAAAGAAAGUAUUUUAUUGUUUAUAUUUACAUCUUUCUUUUUAACAAAUUAAUGAAUUGAUUGAAAAAAAGUAAGAAAAUUCACUAAAUUAUUGUUAAUAAACAUCAGUACGUUAGCUAAAAGAAGCAGCCAAAUCGUCUCCUAUGGGAAUUGGAGUCGGACAUCAUCAUGAUUAUUUCGUGCAGUCUUAAGUUUUUCUUAAGUUGAUUAAAGUUUUGAUCAAUCUAUAUACGGGGCGUAUAGAUUCCAGUCCUGUCAGUUUCUACAAAGCUAUGAAUUGCAAAUAAUUUUCGAAAGAAAUAGAGAAAAUCAUACAUGGUAGAUGUAAAUAUAUGACAUUAUUUUACUUCAAACUGUCAAGGAAAAUGAAUGAAUUUCUUUGAAUAUUUUUGUGAGCAUUGUACACGUUCCUGUAUUUCUUAUACAUGUAUGUAUACAUGUAUAAACAUACAUGUUAUUUACACUUCCUUUAGUUACUUGUAUAUUAACUGAAAACUAUUUAUACAAAUGUAAUCGAUGAAAAACUUAUCAUAUUUAUCUAUAAAAAUUGAACACCUUCUAUAUAACCUAAAUCUUUGUGAGACGCACAGAUUUAUCUUUCACUCAAUUUAGUUUUAUCACACAUGGAUUUUGUAACCAUUGAUUCAUCUGAUAGUAGACUUUUGUUUCGAACAUUCCAUAAUGUUUUCGCCCUCGCUUAAACGUAUGUUCAUCUGUUUAGAGCUAUUGGUGAACUUUGCUGUCUAUUGUUACAUGUUAUAUAUUACAUAGUAGUAUAUCGUCAUCGAUGCCUUUCUCAUGUCUUCCCAUACGCCAAAGAAUUCAAAUUAUUUAUUUUAUUUGUAUUUUAUAAACUGUGUCUUGAAUUGAUUAUACAUGUACAACGAUUUUAAAUUUGUUGCAUUUCU